AUGGAGUGCAGGCCAUUAGAGAUCACGGUUACCUCAGCCAAAGAUCUCAAAGAUGUCGAUGUUUUUGGCAAGAUGGAUGUCUAUUGUAUUGUUUCCAUCAAAGGAGAUCCAUAUAAAUCUAAGCAGAAACAGCAAACCCACGUUCAUAAAGAUUCUGGGCCUAACCCUCUUUGGAAUUUCCCUAUGAAAUUCACCAUUGACGAAGCUGCUGCUCAACAACAUCGCUUAAAGAUCAAGUUUAAGCUUAGAGCCAAGCGGAUGAUGGGGGAUAAAGAUGUUGGUGUCGUCGUCGUGCCUGUCAAGGAAUUACUGGAUGCAAAAGAUAGAAAAGGCCUCUUGAGUUAUGCUGUCAAGACCCCAGCUGGGAAGAUGAAAGGAACGUUGAAUUUCUCGUUUAAUUUCGGCGAGAUAUUCAAUGCUCCUACGCCGGCGAAGACGCUGGAUAAAUGUGGUCAGGAUAUGGUCGAGCCUAAAGGCGGCAUUUCCAUGGUGGCUAAGCCCUCUGCCUACCUGAACAAGGUUGUUAAGAUCAGGCACUCGCCUAAAGACGACUGGAAAGAUAGGAUUUUUGAUUAA